CUCACCCCGCCGGUAGGUGAUCACCACUGGCCACCUAGUAUAUGCCUAUAUCUACUUCCGUACCACGACCAUGCACAGGCAGAGCUGCGAAUGCAAUACAACUCAACACACGGGCGAUCUUGAGCGCCGGCGAGUGAGCUCCCGUCGAUGUCGAUCACCGGUCGUAGCUUGGCCGCCGUCUGCAAGCGCCUCCUCCAGUUCACUGUCAUCUCUGUUGCCAUAGCUGUUGCCGUGCAGCCUCUGACGUCGUCGCUGCCGCCUCCGGUCGACCCUCACGCUAAGCUCGCCCGUGGCGGCGGGUGGGAUGUGGCGCUCCUCGACCCGCUCGACGCCGGCCUCCGCUCGGAGAUACUCAGGUAUGGCGACCUCGCGCAGGCCACCUACGACGCCUUCGACGGGCGCCACUGGUCCAAGAACUGCGGGACCUGCCUCCAUGGCCUCCGUCGCAUGCUCCCGGCGCUCGGGCUCGCCGGCCACGGGUACGUCGCCACUGCGUUCAUCUACACGACCUGCGACGUCGAUAUCCCGCGGUGGCUCAUGGCGCGGCUCCACGCGGACGCCUGGGACGACCACGCCAACUGGGCCGGGUACGUCGCGGUCGCCGGCGCGGAGGAGGCCAGCCGCGUAGGCCACCGGGACAUCGUCGUCGUGUGGCGCGGCACCAUGUCGGCGGAGGAGUGGUUCAUGAACCUGAGGACGGGCCUCGUGCCGUUCGACGCCGCCGACGGCGACGGCGCCAUGGUGGCAGAGGGGUUCCACACCUUGUACACGUCAAGCAACGCCGGGAACAAGUACGGCGCGCGCAGCGCCCGUGAUCAGGUCGCCGACGAGCUCAAGCGGCUGGUGGGCCACUUCGGGAAGCGCGGCGAGAAGGUCCACGUCACCUUCACGGGGCACAGCCUCGGCGGCGCGCUGGCCCUGCUCUCCGCCAGGGACGCCGCAGCCGCGCACCCGGACGUCCCCGUCCGCGCCGUCACCUUCUCUGCGCCGCGCGUCGGCAACAGGGCCUUCUCCGGCGGCCUCACGUCGCGCAACGUCAGCGUCCUGCGCGUCGUCGUCAACACCGACCUCGUGCCGACCGUCCCCCGGACGGCGCUCGAGGCCUCCGUCUCCGGGGUGCUGGGCGGCCUGUGGGCGCUGGCCGGCCUCCGGCAGGCGUUCGAGUACGUGCACGUCGGCCACGAGCUCGCCCUGAACAUCUCCAAGUCGCCGCACCUCAAGGACUCUCACGACCCGGUGGGGUCUCACAACCUGGAGCUGUGCCUGCACCUGCUGGACGGCCACGAGAGCGCCGCCGGCGAGUUCCGGCGGGAGGACGGUGCGCCGCGGCGUGACGUCGCGCUGGUGAACAAGCGUUCGGCGAUGCUGCGCGACACGGAGGGCAUUCCGGAGAAGUGGAGCCAGACGGCGAACAAGGGGCUCCAGCGCGACGGGUCCGGCCGGUGGGUGCUGCCGGAGCGGGAGCGCGACGACAUGCCGGCGAACGACGUGCUGCCGCUGUCGGAGCUGGACUAA